CAGCGAUAUAGCGCUCCAGACGUUCAGAAAAACAUCCGGACACGGCUCCGUCUUCCUGAGAGCAUUCCCCCCGGUUUUCUCUUGCUUGUUACUGACGGGCGCUGCAGUGACCAUUGCCUUGUACAUGAAACUAGCAACGCGAGUAGAAUCAAGCUGAGUGGGCGCAGUGAAAAAUCUCGCUUCGUGUUCAUUUGCGACAGAAGCAUUCUCUGAGCCGUCGAAUGAGCACCAAACGAGAUCUGCCACCACCGGCGGACCGGGGGGAGACCUCCGUCCGAUAGCUCCUCUUAGGCAGGGGAAUAUGUCAGGUCCACAUCUCGGCGGCCGCGUCCAUGAAGCAUUGCGAUGGCGGAGAUGUGGUAGUCCGGAGCGCUCAUCGCAAGGCCUGUCGCGUAAACUGUCUGCACAACUUCAGCAACCGAGGUUCGAUAUGACUGGAAUCUAUUUAUAGGGGACUGCAAGUUGAAGCUUGUGAUGCUGCUGCGUUGAUGCGCGGGUGCUUGGCCGGUUCAUGUUCAUCGAUUCAGCUCGUCUCAUACGGCCGGACUCUGACGCUCGAAUUGAGCGCGUGUCUUCAAGCAUGUCGAAGCGAAAGGAGAAACGGACGGCAAUGGUGAUCAUGAGCAUUUGAUUCAAUAAUGAUUUUCAACUUUCCCCUCAACUGGCGACAAACACGUCGAUCACCUGUGCCCCCUUGCACAGUCAUCUGCCGACCGGGAAUUUCACUCUCCGAAAGAAGACCGGUAAGAGCGUAGAACGCUCAUUCCAGGCCUCUCGGCAAUGGUUGUCUACCGUGGCACGCAUCGGGGUCUCGAUAUUCUACCGCCUUGCCCGUUAUCUCGACGCCGGUCUGCACGCAAGGGACGCCUUCGCUUUUGUCAGGCUUCUCGGCACCGCACCCGACGUCGACAGCGGGCAACUCGCGAUAAACUGCGUCUUCCUGAUUGACACAAGAAUACUCAAAUCGAUUGUCUUGGGCGCCAUACAUCAUGUCCAGCGAGCCAUGUGAACUCGUCUCGCCUUCUCUUUUGAGAACCGGCAGGGAUAUUUAAGCUUUGGAUUGCGGGGUCUUGGAAUACUAGUCCGCUUCGACAAUGCUCGUUCUCCAGACGAUUCUCUUCGCACUAACCACCUUGAUUGGGGUGCAGGCUCUUGACUUUUCCGCCUCGCAGUGGAUCUGGACGACCGAUGUUUCCGGCGGCCAGGCACCUGUGAGCACCCGCGCGUUCCGCAACAAAUUUGUUGCACCCGCCGGAAAGACGCCUGUGGAGGCGGACAUUAUCAUCACUGCCGACAACUUCUUCAGUUUAUAUGUGAACAACAACCUCGUCGGAACGGGCUCCGACUGGACCAAGCCCGGGAGAUUCUAUGUCCCGCUCAACGACUGCUUGAAUGUCUUCGCGGUCAACGCUACGAACGGAGGGUUGCUAUCCAACCCGACCGCACCCAAUCCGGCCGGGCUGCUCGUCGCCAUCCAAAUCAGCUACUCGGAUGGAACGACGUCGCAGAUCGUGUCAGACGCGACCUGGCGCGGCGCCAUCACCUACCCGAGCAACUUUCCGUCGCUUUCCUUCGACGACUACACGUGGCUCCCUGUCUUCGUCGAGGCUGGCUACAGCACCUCAACCUGGGGCGCGAUCCAGGUCCCCUCCGUGCCCCCCGCGCUGACGCUCGACGGCGCGGCCUGGAUCUGGACGACGGAGGUGUCUGGAGGCAACGCCCCACCCGGGACCCGCGCGUUCCGCCGCACCUACACGGCCCCUGCCGGACAAGUGGCUGCGUCCGCGACGGUGAUCAUCGCCGCGGACGACCAGUACACGCUCUACGCCAACGGGUUCGCGGUCGGCUCCGGGACGAGCUUCAGCACGGCCCAGACCUGGAGCAUCAACCUCGGCGCCGCGCAGCAGGUCGUCUUCGCCGUGGUGGCGACCAACAUCCUCACCGUCCCGAACCCCGCGGGCGUCAUUUUCGCGGCGGAGAUCAACCUCGUGCAGACGUCGUGCAAUUGCACCGGUGAAGCGUACCUUGCCAGCGAUGGAUCCUGGCUGUGGCCGGGAAAUGCGUCACUUCCGCCCGGGUUCCAAACUCCCGGUUACAACAGCUCGUCCUGGACGGCCGUCACCACAGAAGGGGUGAACGGGGCUGCUCCCUGGGGCACAAUCGCCGUUUCUCCGUCGACGGGGACAGUCAAUGCUUUUUGA